AUGCCUGAGCCAGCUAAGUCCGCCCCAGUCCCUAAGAAGGGCUCCAAGAAGGCGAUAACCAAAGCGCCUAAAAAGGAUGGGAAGAAGCGCAAGCGCAGCCGUAAGGAGAGUUACUCUGUCUAUGUGUACAAGGUGCUGAAGCAGGUCCACCCCGACACCGGCAUCUCCUCUAAGGCCAUGGGCAUCAUGAAUUCCUUCGUCAACGACAUCUUUGAGCGCAUCGCUGGCGAGGCAUCGCGUCUGGCCCAUUACAACAAGCGGUCGACCAUUACCUCUAGAGAGAUCCAAACAGCCGUGCGCCUGCUGUUGCCGGGAGAGCUGGCCAAGCACGCUGUGUCCGAGGGUACGAAGGCCGUCACCAAGUACACCAGCGCCAAGUGAGCCAGCCCGCCGGGAACGAACAACAUUUUUGACUCGGCCCACACCCCAACGGCUCUUUUCAGAGCCAUCCAACCUAUUCACAGAGAACUGGCACUUAAUCUUGUUUUAAAGACAACAGCAGCUUUAGUUUCAAGCCUUAAGUAAAUUCUUACAAAUUGUGUGCAAGUUAAAAUUUCGUUUUCUGAAUUGGUGUUUCAUAUACUUCCUGCUACCAGGUUUGUAGGUGAGCAAUCGAUUGCGGAAUGGUUUUUCCCGACCCAGACCCUAAAGGCUCCUUUCAGAACCACCCACAUUUUCCAAGAAAGUUUGUUUUUUGAUGUUACUGUCUUUAAGCUGCUCUCUUACUCUCGAUUGGGAUAUGUUGUAAAAAACAAUUUUAGGUAAGUUACUUGGUAGUUUGUAUGCAACUUUGGGACUCUUGGCUCGUGUAUAUUUUGAACCUUUAAGGUACAAUUACCCUUUUUGUAUCACAAAAAUGUGCUUUGUUAUAUGAAGUUCUAAUGCGUAAGACGUCCGGGGCACUUAUUGAGCUGGGGGCAUAUUGGAAUCUGAGGUGGUAGGCAGACUGUGUCAAUACUUCCUGGGAUUGUCUUAUUACAUUAUCUCUAAAGAGGCAAAUGCCAGUUAUAGACUGAUUAGGUCACAAAACAAGCAAUAUCCGGAAGUGCCUCAGCUCAUGACGGUGCCAGAACUUCGCGUGGGUAGGUGUUCGCCUCUCCUUACACUGCAAUUCCUGGCAUCUCUUGGAACCUCAAACUAUAGAACUGGAAGGCAACCUUUAGGAAAAUAGACUCGGUGUUUUAGGCAACCAGAAUUUUGAUAAGGUCUGCUCUUCUAAUUUCUCAGCUAGUUAGUUCUACAGGCAAUGUACCUACACCCUGGUUUUAACCUUGGAACUGUAAACUGAUUAGGAUUAUAAAAUUAUAAGCAUUGUUAAAGGGAUUAAAUAGCUUUGAGUGGUGAUGUAACAAUCACACUUUGAUAAAUAAACCUGAGUUAUUUAUCUUUUGUCAGGCUAAGACUGAAGAGUUGGAAAACUUACUUCCUUCUCCACCUCUUCAAUUUCCUUUAAAAUAUCUUCUCAGUGGAGCGCUUAUCUUUUCUUUUCCAUGUUGACAGGAGAGCCUAGUGCCUUUCAUGGUAGGGAAAGCCAACAUUAAAAGCAUGUCUGAUUUGAGGGUUGUGCUGGACAACUGGCUGGAGGAAAUCUGGGAAAGAAUUAAUGUUCUAUCUUCGCUCAAGUGUGAGGAACUGGAAGGUGUGGGUUACAGGUAAGUAUGAGUGUGCCGUGUUUUCUUGUUCUUAAGGCAAACCUCAAGAUUUGCAUGUUCACCCCCUCCACCCUUCCCUCUUUCACAUUUAACCAGCAAACUGCUCUUGAGCGUCUAAUAUGUGCUAAGAAAGGUUCCUGAAGUGGGAAAGUCCACAGUGUCCUGACCAAGAUAAGACAAUAAGGACUCCAAGAGAGGAACUGAGAAGGGAGCAAAAUGAGGCCUGCCUAACUUGGCUGGAUCACCUGUGCAGUAGGGAGGUGGGGGAAGACGCUCUAGGCAGAGAUCUCUGAGCCAAGACUAGGUUAGGAGAGUCCCUUAGAGUUACUAGAGGCUGGAAUGGACAGAGAAAAUCUGGAAAGAUAAACUGGAAAAUAAAAGAUAUUGAGAUGCUUUGUAUACCUUAAAAAGGGAUAUGAAAUUUAUUUACCAGGGGAAGAUGGGUUUGAUGCAGAAUUUAAAAAUCUUGUAAAUCUUGUAAAAAAAAAUCUGUGAUUCAGUAUCAUUAUUCUGGUGACGUGGUUGAG